UUCAAAGGCACGAAUAUUGUAGCUGCAUGUAAUAAUUAUAGGCUACAUACAAAAAGUCCACAUUACUGUAGUGUAUAGUUAAUCAUGGACCCUAAUGGACCACUGUCCAGUAACGUUUGUCAGACACAUAUGACAUGGAUUAAUGGAUUUACUGAAAUGUCGCCCAUCUGUUUACCCAGUAAACGUAAACGAAAUGAUGGGAAUAAUUUUAAUGGUAACGAAGAGGUUGGUCCUAGAGUGUUUCCCUCCAAAGAGAGCUUGAAGAAACGUGGUUUUGUCUCGAUUGAUGGCCAGAGAGGUGUGUACUACUCUGAGAGCUGGGAGCCCAAUGGAAGCACUUUAUACCUGCCUGUAAAUGGCACUUUGUUAGCAAACAUUGAAAAAUAUGAUCAGAUCAGCUUUGAGCAGGGAUGCUUCUGCAUUGGCAAUGCAGCUGGUGGAUUUCAACAGAAAGUCCAAGGUCAAGCGAUUCAUUGCUGGCGAUAUAGUGAACGUGAGCGAAAGCUUUUCAUUGCACUGUCUUAUUUGUUUACAAACUUGCAAGUGUUCCAGGAAGUUGUCAGCACUCUUGAUUGUCUCUGAGGAUUCUGGGUAGACAGAGUUGGCCAGUAUCAUCUAAACUAAAAAAGUACAGACCAAUCCUGUUAUUUAGCACAACCUAGACAUUUCUCUUCCUUGUUACAAUGUAUUUCUUAACAUUAUUUUACAUAUUGUGAUAUCAACUGACAUAUGUGCCUUUAUGACAGUAUAUUUCUGU